UUCGUCUUGGAAGUGAGUUUAUUACAUUGUGAGCGGUUACGAAAGCGGAUUUUUUUACAAUCCAGCUCUCCGCACUUCCCAGAAAAAAAAAGAGCUACAGAUAUGGGAUUUUAUUUUCUUCGCCGUUUUCUGAGCGUGCUUUUGCUGCUCGUCUCUUUGAUAUGUGCCACGCAAGGCACCAGCCUUCGAACGAGGCGUUCUGUCUUGGAUAAUAUCGGAAACACAUUGAAUAACAUCGGGGAGACAAUCAAGGAUACCAUGAAGACCAAAAUCGACUCCCUGUUCCACCGAUAUUCUACCAUCAAGCCCGAAACGACCGAGCCAACCUUGGAACCGGAUUAUGGAACGUCACCGAUCUAUCGAGCAAUCAUAAAGGUCCCUAUUAGAUGUCCACCUAAUCACGUGAUAGUAAAUGGGCGAUGCCGACUCGUCACUCGUCGGCGAUAAGAUCCUGCUAAAUUUACGAAAAUUUUGAAAGCAUCAAAAUAUUCUUGAUCAGAUUUUUAUCGUGUGUAAAACAAUAUAGUUAAUGAUAUCUUGUUCAAUAAUAAGAGUCUAUAAAGUCCGGAAGUAACAAUUUCUAGGGUUUUUAUCGAGCCAGCAUAAAUAUUAUUUUAUAUCGAACAGAUUAUUUGACUGCACACAUACAUUAUAUUCUCAUAAUCAUAACUUAGUGUAACGUAUCCCAGGAACAUUAUCUAUAUUCAGAUUGCGUAGCCGAGAUAGCUCCCUUGAGGAGAAUUUAAUUAUUCGUGGUAAGCACUAAUCAAUGUGACUUGGCAAUCGUUGUUCGUGUGUACCAUUAAGAUUUUCAGUGUAUUUAUGGAACAGGUGUAAUUACUUCACCUAUGCUAUUAUGCUGAUAUACUUAUCAUGACACGUCAACAUAAGAAUUGAAUAAUAAUAUAAUAACACAUUUUAUAAUAACAUUAAUAUCAAUUAAUAUGCAGAAAUAUGUUAAUGAAUAAAUAAUUACCCCUUGUUCCUAUGUAACAAUUUGCUAAACUUAUGAUAAUACUACUUUCCACAGUAUACCGAUAUACUUAUCGUGAUACGUCGACAUAAGACCUGUGAAUAAUAACAUAAGUAUACAGUUUAUAAAUGCGGUAAUGUAUCUACUGACAGGGCCAAAUUAAUAAUAAGCCUUUAUUAAAUUUAUCAUUACAAAUAG